AUGAAUUUAAAAUUACUUUUGGCAGCAUUAUCACUGACUUUAGUGAUAGCUGAAAAAACAGUUACCAAAACACAAACACAAUAUAUUGAUAAUCAAUGUCUUAAAAAUAUAGCUCAAAGUUUAUUACCAAAUAAUCCCGAAAAUUUAUCAACUGGUAUACCAAUAACAUUUGUUCAUGUACCAAAUCAAGCAUUAAAACCUAAGAAAACAGUUUAUGCAACAGUAACAAAUACUCAUAUAGUUUAUGAAACAGUUUAUCCAACAGCAAAUUCAAUCAAAACUGAAAAUCAAAUACAAAAUGAAGUUGAAACUUACACUCAAACUACUGAUACAACUUAUACUUUAACAACUCAUUCAACUAGUAUAGAAACUUCAAAAACUUGUUCAAAUAAUAAAUGUAUAACUUCUGCUUAUACUAUUACUGUACCUCAUGUUUAUACUAUAACUGGUCAAGCAACAUUUACAACAACAAGUAAAACAUUAGACAAUCAACAACAACAAAGUGGACCUAGUACUAUUGAAACAGCUCAUGAAACAUCUUCAUCAACAAUUGGACGUAAUACAGCAAGUUUAGCUGCAAAUGCAGGUUCAAUUUCAAAUUCAAUUUCUUCCAAUAUUAUACCAACAUCAGAUGUACCAAUUGGUGUAACAACUUCAUCUACAAUUUUUAGUGCAACUUCUUCACUAGAAUCAACUUAUUCACCAUCAGCUACAUUAGAACCAUUAUCAACAACAAGAUCAAUUCCAGUUACUUCACAAUCAGUUGUAUCAGAAAGUAGAUCAAUUACAAUUGAUCUUUCUUCAAUUACUGAUGGUUUAACAUUAUCAACUAGUUCAGCAUCUAUUUUAACUGUUAAUGAAAAUUCAACUUUAUCUUCAACAAUUUCAAGUUCUAGUCAACUUUCGGCCAUUGCUCCUGAUUCUGUUGAAACAAAUGACUUACCAUCCGAUGAAGAUUCAGAAACUGCAGCAGUUAGUGUUUCAACAGGUUAUACAUUAUCAACAAUUAUACUUACUUCUUCAUCAACUUUAGCUCCUUAUGCAAAUUCAUCAAGUUAUAUUGUUUCAACUUAUCAAACUGUUUCAACUAUUUUACAAACAAGUUCAAUUUUACCAAGUUCUCAAGAAUCAAGUUAUAGUUCACAAGAUUUUUUCGAAUCUGAAUCAGAUUAUGAAUCUGCUACUGAAUCAGCAUUUUCAUCUUCAUCAAGCUUAUCCUCCUCAUCCUCAUCUUCAUCAUCAUCAAGUUUAUCAUCAAGUUCAUCAUCAAGUAGUUCUUCCAUUUUAUCUCAACAUACUUUAUCCGCAGAAGAUCAAAUAUGUUAUUCAGGAGAUUUAUUUGCUGCUAUUGAUAUAAGCUCACCACCAUAUAAUUUUUCAAGACAAGAAUUACCACUUGCAAUACCUUCAGGAGUUAAUAAUAAAGGAGUAGCUUAUCAAACUAAUAAAUUUUAUGCUAAUUUAUUCCUUGGCAAUCAAGAUUUAAUGGUUUAUACUUAUCCAUAUGGUGUUUAUUGGAGUAAAAAUAAUUAUUAUGGUUUUGGAGUUCAACAUACAAAUACGUCAAAUAGAGUUUUUGGAUCUAUUAAUACAAAUAAUGAAGGUGUUGCAUCAUAUUAUUUUAAUCCAACUAAUAAUGGCGAAAUUAUUUUUUCAGCUACAAUAUUUGAUAAUUCUGUUGCAAUGGGUGUAACAGAUAUGACUGAAAUGGGAGUUAAAGUUACAUUAUCAAAAGAUGAUGAUGAAAUUAAUAAUCUUGAAAUUCCAAUUGUUCAAGGUAUGGGUUUCGUUAGUGCUAUUUAUAAUGGUAAUUUAAUAGCAGAAUUAAAUUCAUUAUAUGGAAUAAGAACUUUAAUUUUAGAAGAUUCAAAUGCUUUGUUGAAAAAUAUAUUGAAAUAUCGUGCAAUUUUAUUUAAUGGUGUUGAAUGGUUGAUCUAUGCUACUUUACCAGUUGAAGAUUCUGAUUUUGAAUUGACAGUUAAAGAUCCAUACCAUUUAGAGGCAAGUAAAUCUAUUGAUGGUUUGAUUAUUCAAGUUGCAAUUGCUCCUACUGCUGAAGGAGAUCCGUUUUAUGAUGCAGCAGCUGGUAUGUAUGUAACAGAUGCUUCUUUCCAAGGUUCAGUUGUUUGUUCACAAGAUGCUUCUUAUGAAUUUGUUUAUGAAACUAAAGGUACUUCAUCAAGUGGUAAUCCUAUAAUUUUUGCUUUACCACAUCAUCUUUCAACUUUAACUUCAUCAGGAGCAACAGGUAUAAAAGUUGCGUCACAAACUAAAGGUGAUAUGACUGGAUUUUUAACUAAAAAAUUAUCAUUUUCUGAAACAAUUGAUAAAAAAAUUCAAUUCUUACCAUAUCUUGAAGGAGUUUCAUCACCUAGUUAUUCAAUUGAACAAUUAACUUUAUUAGCUAAAUCUGCAAAUGAAGAAUUAGCAGUUGAUAUCGCAUCAACUGUAAAAAACAUGAAUUCAAAUUAUUUUUCAGGAAAAGUUUUGGAUAAAUAUGCACAAAUUUUGUUAGUUGUUAGUGAAAUAAUUCAAGAUGAUGAUGUAACUUUAAGUACUUUAAAUGAUAUGAAAGAAGCUUUUGAAAUAUUUGUAGCAAAUAAACAAUAUUAUCCAUUAAUGUAUGAUCUUAAAUUUGGUGGUAUCACUUCAACUGCUGCACAAAAUGGUGAUGAUGGUGCAGAUUUUGGAAGUGCUUAUUAUAAUGAUCAUCAUUUCCAUUAUGGAUAUUUUAUUCAUGCAGCUGCUGUAGUUGGAUUAAUUGAUAAAAAAUUAAAUGGUACUUGGGCAGAAGAUAAUAAGGCAUGGGUUAAUUCAUUAGUAAGAGAUGCUGCUAAUCCCUCAAGAAAAGAUUAUUAUUUCCCAGUUUCAAGAAUGUUUUCAUGGUAUGAUGGACAUAGUUGGGCAGCAGGAUUAUAUGCAAGUAAUGAUGGUAAAAAUCAAGAAUCAAGUUCUGAAGAUAUUCAUUUUGCUUAUGGUAUGAAAUUAUGGGGUAAAGUUGUUGGUGAUUAUUCAAUGGAAGCAAGAGGUGGAUUAAUGUUAUCAAUAAUGAAUAGGGCUUUCAAUAUGUAUUUUUAUUAUAAAUCUGAUAAUCAAGUACAACCAUCUGAAAUUUUACCAAAUAAAGUUAGUGGAAUAUUUUUUGAAAAUAAAAUUGAUUAUACAACUUAUUUUGGUACUCCAAAAGAUCAUCCGGAAUAUGUUCAUGGUAUUCAUAUGUUACCAAUUACUGCUGCUUCUUCUUCAAUUAGAAUUCCAUCAUAUGUUCAAGAAGAGUGGGAUGAUCAAAUUUCAACUUUUGUUAAUAAUGUAAAUGAUGGUUGGGCUGGUAUAUUAAGAUUAAAUCAAGCUAUUAUAGAUCCUCAUACAUCUUAUGAAUUUUUUAGUUCAAACAGUUGGACAAAUAAUUAUUUGGAUAAUGGACAAAGUAGAACUUGGAGUUUAGCGUUUGCUGGUGGUUUUGCUUGA